AGAUGCUCCUUUACCAAAGCUGCUGCCAUGUCGGACUAGUUUGCUGUGUAAAUGUGUGUGCGGCGUGUGGUGUGCAGGGGGGGCUCCACUCUGAGGCAACUUUGCGGAUAUGAGGCCGCGUUGCACGUUUGUACGCCCCUGCUACUCGCUCCCAGUCAGAUAGCUCCAGCUCCUUCUCUUUUUCUUCUUCCUGCCUCUCGUUCCGCUGCACUCUUUUAAGGACACCACCCCCUCAACACCUCUCUUCCAUCCAUCCAUCCAUCCAUCCAUCUAUCUAUCAUCCACCCAACCUUCGCCCUCAGGGUCAUUCAUUAGCUCCGCUUUUGUUUUGUUUUGGGGUUUUUUCUCAAAGAAAAGUACAAGGGACUGACAACUUUUUCGAUGUAUGUGUUUGGUCUUCGACAAACCAUCCACUCAGCAGUGAACCCGCAGCGCUGAAGUGGUUCCCUCCUCCUUCUUCCCUUCUCCUCCUCCUACUUCUCCUCCUCCUCUUCCUCCACCUUCGUCGCCGUCCCUUAAUCCGCGGGGUUCGGACGCGCGCGCAUUGACUGCAUUUCUCAAGCGAGCCAUGGCCACGAACGGGACCAAAGCCUCGGACGGCCACGUCCUGACGGAGACGGUGAGUGAGGCGCCGACCAGUACCCCCAACGACAAGCCCAAGACGCUGGUGGUGAAGGUGCAGAAGAGCAAGAAGGACUUACCCGAGCGGGAGACGUGGGGCGGCAAAUUUGACUUUCUGCUCUCGUGUGUGGGAUACGCCAUCGGACUCGGGAAUGUGUGGAGAUUUCCUUAUUUGUGCGGGAAAAACGGAGGAGGAGCCUUCUUGAUCCCCUACUUUUUGACCUUGAUAUUUGCUGGCAUGCCCCUCUUCUUUCUGGAGACGGCCCUGGGUCAGUACACCUCCAUUGGGGGGCUCGGAGUGUGGAAGCUGGCACCCAUGUUCAAAGGCGUUGGUCUGGCUGCUGCUGUCCUCUCCUUCUGGCUUAAUAUUUAUUACAUUGUCAUCAUCUCCUGGGCUAUUUACUAUCUCUACAAUUCCUUCACCUCUGAUCUACCGUGGCAGACUUGCGGUAAUUCCUGGAACACGGAGCGCUGCUAUACCAACUACAGCAUCCCGGACACCAGGAACCUUACCAGUGCUGUGCAAGAGUUCUGGGAACGCAACAUGCACCAGCUGACCGACGGCCUGGAGAAACCCGGCGAGGUCAGGAUCCCGCUGGCCAUCACCCUUGCCAUCGCCUGGGUGCUGGUCUAUUUCUGCAUCUGGAAAGGGGUCAGCUGGACCGGCAAAGUGGUCUACUUUUCCGCCACGUACCCGUACUUCAUGCUCUUCAUCCUGUUCUGUCGCGGCGUCACUUUGCCCGGAGCCUUCGAUGGAAUCCUCUUCUACAUCACGCCAGACUUUGAAAAACUGAAGCAGUCUGAGGUUUGGCUGGAUGCUGCGACUCAGAUCUUCUUUUCCUACGGACUGGGACUAGGCUCUCUGAUCGCGCUGGGCAGCUACAACCCCUUCAACAACAACGUCUACAGAGACUCGGUCAUUGUCUGCUGCAUCAACUCCUUCACCAGCAUGUUCGCCGGCUUUGUCAUCUUCUCCAUUGUGGGCUUCAUGGCCAACGUGACAAAGAGGCCCAUCGCUGAUGUGGCUGCUUCAGGGCCCGGCUUGGCGUUUUUGGCUUACCCCGAGGCCGUCACCCAGCUGCCCAUCUCUCCCCUGUGGGCCAUCCUCUUCUUCUCCAUGCUGCUGAUGCUGGGAAUUGACAGCCAGUUCUGCACCGUGGAAGGCUUCAUCACGGCGCUGGUGGACGAGUUCCCUCAUAUUCUCAGAAAGCGGCGAGAGAUCUUCAUUGCGAUCGUCUGCCUUGUGUCGUACAUCAUCGGGCUGUCCAACAUCACCCAGGGCGGCCUGUACGUCUUUAAGCUCUUCGACUACUACUCAGCCAGCGGGAUGUGUCUGCUUUUCCUCGUCUUCUUUGAGUGCGUCUCCAUUUCGUGGUUCUAUGGUGUGAACAAGUUCUAUGACAACAUCGAGGAGAUGAUCGGCCACAGGCCUUGUCUGUGGUGGAAGGCCUGCUGGUGCGUUUUCACGCCGCUCAUCGUGGCCGGGGUGUUCCUGUUCAGCGCCGUGCAGAUGGUCCCCCUCACCAUGGGCGACUACGUGUUCCCAGCCUGGGGCCAAGGCGUCGGGUGGUUGAUGGCCCUCUCCUCCAUGAUCCUCAUCCCCGGCUACAUGGGAUACAUGUUUCUCACUCUCAAAGGCACUUACAAAGAGCGCCUGAGGAUGAUGAUCAAACCGGUGGUCUUGGUGAAGGCUCAGGAAAACGGGCCCGACCAGCAGGCCGAAACCCAGAACCAGAACCCCGCAGCCACUGAGGAGGCCUACAUCUAGAACCUUCUGAGUGCGUCUCCCCCGUCUCAGCGGGCCAGUCGGGCGUGAGCGCUCACGCCCGACGAGAAGCGUAAAUCAAGGUUGGGAACGACCACCAGGCGUCCACGUCUGCUUUCAUUCACCUACCUCCUGGGGACACGUGAGACCAACCCGAUCACAUUUAUUAUUCUCAUCAUUACUAGGUCCGUUUUAUUCUUUCCGUUUGUCAUACAGACUUCUAACGGUGUGUGAGGAAAACUUCCCAGCCAUGUGUUGUGUGAUUUAUGCAAAAAAGAGAAAUAUGAAAAUAUAUCUUUUCCAUUCACAGUCCUGCGUUGACUCAAAAGUAUCGAAGCUACGAUUACUGUACAAAUAUGAAUAGAGGCUUGUACAUGAAGUAAAUACAUGGUGACGUUUAAGUGUCAAAUAUGAUUCAUUUUUAGUUUACCCCCACAUCUAGGGGCUACAGUCGCGGUCAGAAGUUUAUAUAAACUUUUAAAGGACAUAAUGUCAUGGCUGUCUUGAGUUUCCAAUCAUUUCCACAACUCUGAAUGUUUUGUGAUAGAGAGAUUGGAGCAUUGGAACAUUCAUGAAGUGUUGGAGCAUUGGAACAUUCAUGAAGUGUGGUUCUUUUAUGAAUUCAUCAUGGGUUUACUGAAAAUGUAAGCAAAUCUGCUGGGUCAAAAGUAUACAUACAGCAAUGUUAAAGGCCAACUGAAAUGAGAUUGUCUUAUUUAAACGGGGAUAGCAGGUCCAUUAUAUGUGUCAUACUUGAUCAUUUCGCGAUAUUGCCACAUAUUUGCUGAAAUUAUUUAGUAGAGAACAACGACGAUAAAGUUAGCAACUUUUGGUCGCUAAGAAAAAAGCCUUGCCUGUACCGGAAGUAGCAGACGAUGUGCGCGUGACGUCACGGGUUGUAGGGCUCCUCACAUCCUCACAUUUUUUAUAAUCAUAGCCUCCAGCAGCAAGAGCUAUUCGGACCAAGAAAGCGACAAUUUGAUUUCUGGAUGAGGAAAGUUAGAGUGAAGCACAAAAAAAAAAAAAAAAAGCGACAUUAACUAGGAUGAUUCUAGAAGAUCCCUUAUCUGCUUAUUGUUUUAAUAGUGUUUUAGUGAGAUUGCAAAGUCAUACCCGAAAGUCGGAUGGCUGCGGUGAACGCCAGCAUCUCUGAGAGAAGCCGAGCAGCCAAGAUCACAGCUGCCUUUUUGAGCUGCAGGAGGAAGUCCCACAAUACACUGAAGCCUCCGGUAAGAGCCGACUUAAUAUCACAAUUUUCCCAUCCAAAAACUUGCUGGUUGACGUAGAGAAACAUGUUCGCUUUACCGCUCUGUGUUAAAGCUUCACAACAAACAAAGAAACACCGUAUGUGUUUCGGUUGCUAAAGGCAGCUGCAAUCCACCACUUUCCACCAACAGCAAUCUUCUUUAUAGUCUCCAUUAUUAAUUGAACAAAUGGAAAAAUAUUCAGCAACACAGAUGUCCAAAUUACUCUGUAAUUAUGCGAUGAAAAGAGACGUUUUUUAGCCGUGUGUGGUGCUGGGCUUAUAUGUCCGCUACAACCCGGACGCACGUGCACGUGUCAUCAUUCCGCGACGUUUUCAACAAGAAACUCCGCGGGAAAUUUAAAAUUGUAAUUUAGUAAACUAAACCGGCCAUAUUGGCAUGUGUUGCAAUGUUAAUAUUUCAUAAUUGAUAUAUAAACUAUCAAACUGCGUGGUCGGUAGUAGUGGGUUUCAGUAGGCCUUUAAUAUUUGGUUACAUGUCCCUUGGCAAGUUUCACUGUAAUAAGGCGCUUUUGGUAGCUUUCACAAGGUUCUUUCUGACCACAGAACGUUCCUCCAGAAGGUCUUAUCUUCGUCCAUGUGAUAAAACAAAAAAUUAGCUGUUUGGCCACAAUACCCAGCAAUAUAUUUGGAGGAGAAAAGGUGAAGUCUUUGAUCCCAGGAACACUAUACCUCCCGCCAAGCAUGAUGGUGGUAGUAUCAUGCUCUGAGCCUGUUUUGCUGCCAAUUGGACUGGUGCUUUACAGGGAGUAAAUGGGACAAUGAAAAAGGAGGAUUACCUCCAAAUUCUUCAGGACAACCUAAAAUCAUCAGCUCGGAGGUUGGGUGUGCCAACAGGACCCCAAACACACAUCAAAAGUGGUAAAGGAAUGGCUAAAUCAGGCUAGAAUUUAAGUUUUAGAAUGGCCUUCCCAACGUCCAAUGCUGAAGAAACAAGUCCAUAUCAUAAACUCAAAAAAUUUAGCUGAACUGCACCAAUUUUGUCAAAGGAGUGGUCAACAAUUCAAAAAUAAGCUUGCCAGAAGCUUGUGGAUGGCGACCAAAAGCACCUUAUAGGGACAUGUAAGCACAUGUUAAAAUUGCUGUAUGUAUACUUUUGACCCAGCAGAUUUGCUCACAUUUCCAGUAGACCCAUAAUAAAAUCAUAAAAGAACCAAACUUCAUGAAUAUUUUUUAAUUUUUUUUGCGACCAAGUAUGUGCUCCAAUCACUCUAUCACAACAGAACAAGAGUUGUAGAAAGUAUUUGGAAACUCAAAACAGCCAUGACAGUGUAUGUAAACUUUUGACCGCGACUGUGUAUCUUUUUGAAAAGCACAAGUGCGGUCUGACAAGUUUGUUUGAAAGCUGUGAGAACGGCGACAAAAAAAAAAAUCAAAAAAAUAUAUAUAAAUAAUAUAUUAAAAAAAUAACUACUUCAGUAGGAUAUGUAGCAAAAAACUGCCAUACCGUUUGGCAGUUUGUGUUGUCCCUCCCAUCCCCCCUCGAGGAACAAUAACAUGUACAGUGUGUCGUCGGAAUCUUCUUUUUUGUAGGAAUAACUUUGAGAUAGUUUUUUUUUUUUUGUAUUAUUUUCGAUCGAUUUUAAAGAGAAAGGACCAAACCGCACGCACCGAGGUGGGAGUAUCCGGUGCGGGAGUAGACGAGCAGAGCGCAGGAAGUCAGUUUUACAAGCACAACGUGGUGUCGGAGUAACCAACUUUUGAAUGGUGUAGCCACUACAUCCCACUGUGACAACAAUGAAACUCCCUUUUUUUUGGGGCAUCCAAUAUUUCAUGUAUAAUAUAUAAAUAUCAUAUUUAGGAACCCACUCCUCAGGAACAAAAGGUAGAUGUGACCAAAUGCUGUCGGACACUGUUAUGAUACGCUUGAAACAGUUCAUGUUAUGUAUUGUGUAUUUCCUCAUAUAGUGACUGAAGAUGGCGUCUAUUAUGGAAAAAAAAAUGGAAUAUUAGUAAACUUGCAUAAAAAAAUGAUGCUUGAUAUAUAUUAGUAUAUAUUACGUUGCACGGCAAGGGGUAAAUAGGUUCAAAUCUAAAUAAAAUGGAGAAAAUGCAAACACAACAUUGCGGGGUGACAACUUGUCACUAAAUUGGAUUGCUAGUUUCCUGAAAACAACGUUGUUUUAUCAUCUUUAAUAAUAUUACUUGUGGUUUUAUUGCACAGUGGUUAAACUAAUGCUACACAUGCAUGACUACUUUAUACAUCUGUCAUUUAAAGGUGUAGUAGUUCUACUUGUUUAGUUGCAGUGU